CUCGUUGCGUGCGGGUGCUGCUGGUGACAACGCGCGCGUCGACCACAAAAUAGGAACAGACAAGCAAAAUAUAUAUUUUUCUUUUUCUAUUUUUUGAAUAAAACAAUUAUCAAUACAUAAUAUUAGUGACAUGUGGCAAAUGCAAAAAAAAAUCGUUACUAUGAUAGUGAAAUCAAUUUUCAUUCGCACUUAAGGUAAUAUCCGCCGAAGCGAUCGGAGUAGCAUCGUCAUCUAUGGAUGGCAAAGUGAACAUUCCACAAAAUGAGUUAAAGUGCCGCAAUUUGACGUUUUCGCAACAACCAACUAACAAAACCAAAAAGCACACAAUAACAAGAACAACAAACACAUCAGUAAGCUCAAUUCAGGCAAUUAUAAUCAUAAAGUGGUUCUUGCAAGCAACACAUCGCCGACCGGAUGGCGAGGUGGUAAGGCAGCGCAACUGUCGCCCGCGGCUCUUGCCCCGAGUAGAACGGGCACGGGAUAGUUACAGUCGUGGUUACUAUGCACGUUACACACGCUUCAAGGGAUGGGUGUCAAACUUUGAGCAGUAACAGCAGCAAUAGCAGCACCAAUAACAACGACAACAAUAGCAAGAAGCUUGCCGACAUCACGCGCAAAAGUAGCGCAACUAACCAUUCAAUCAGCCAUUGUAAAAAUAGUAACUGCAACACUCAUAAAAAUAGCUGCAACAAGAGUAACGACAACGAUAACGACACUGGAAAAGGCGGCAACACGAAGAGUGACAACUGCAAUACACAACAGCUAACGGGCAUUCUACGCCACAGUUGCCAUAGUCACAAUCGUCUCCGCAACGACAAUCACCCACACUUUGCCAUUGAUAACCUAGAAAGGCAUCGAUUUUCCGGCGUCAGUACAGUUGGCAGCAACGUCAUUUGACGCACACGACAAGCAACAGACAGCUACUACAACGACGACAACGAAAUCUCCAGCAACAAAACCAGCAAACAAAGAUCGUCGAUACAAAAACACGCCCAACAACAGCCAAUCGUUGCUUUUGGUGCGUCCAUUUCACCAUACCUAACAACUCCAUCGCCCGUGCCAGUUGCGCCCUACUUCACCACCUGCUCCGCUUCACAUAUUUCCUCUUCAACAUCCUGUUGCAAAUGUACUAUCGUCUUUAAGGCACUGCCACCUCUGCCGUACUCAACAUCGGUGCCAGAACGUGUAUCGUCGCCACCACCAGUGCCACCUCUUCGUUCUACAUCACUGUCGCAUUGCUGCUCUUCGCUUUCGCAGUCAUAUCCGCGUACGUUUUCGUUAACGUUAUCGGUGUCGCCAGCAGCAAGUCAUGUUAGCAGCAGCAGUAGUUGCCCACGGCUCGCAACGAUUACGACAGGAACGGCAACGGCACGCACGCACUCGGAGACGAAAAGCAGAAAUUGCAGUUUCUGUAGCGACGACGACGACGACGACGAAGAUAACAUUCCUAACAGGGGCAUAAUGGUAUUAAGCACCGAAUGGUCUCAGGUGGAAGUAAUCGAUUUGGUUAACGAUGGCAAUGGUUUGGGCUUUAUUUUGGUCGGUGGACGCAGCACCGGCGUUGUGAUCAAAGCUCUAACGCCGGGCGGUGUUGCAGAACGUGAUGGCCGUUUGCAGUGUGGCGAUCAUUUGUUGCAAAUUGGCGAUGUAAACUUGCGUGGCUUCAGUUCCGAGCAAGUAGCAACGGUUCUUCGUCAGACUGGAGCUCAGGUUCGAUUGAUUGUUGCGAGGCCUGUGGAGCCGACAGCCAUCGAUUUACAAACGUUGGCAAGUCAUGCGCCAAUUAUUCCAACUAAGCUCCUCUCCGACCCAGAAGAACUGUCACGGCAUCUCUUUCAAAAUCCCAGCUUUGCUACUAGUGCUACAAGCGUUGGCGAUGGCGGCGGCGUCGGCGUGGGCGUCAGCGGCUGCUUCCUGCCAACGCCGGAUACUGAACUAGCCGAUUUGCCACUGCCACCUAUACCAACUGAUUUGCCGUUGUCUGCGUCUGCAGCGGCGCGCAUGUGUCCCAAAGAUUUGGAUAUCGUACCAUUUUCGAUUGUGUCACCGUCACCGCCACCACUGUUGCCCCCACCGCCUCUGCCGUCGACGUCGAUUACGACGACAGCGUCGACCGUUGGCACAACGGGCUUACUGUGUCAGCAGUUCGACCUCACCAACACCACCGGCACCAUCAUAAAAAACUCAAACACUCUUCAAUUGGAACAUAUUGAGACUGUGAUAGCUGGCGAAGAUGCUGGCACCUCAACGAUCGCACCGGACCCAGCAACCAUUGACGCCGACCGCUGCUCAUCGGCCUCAUCAAACUACAUCGAUUCACCCGAAACAGAAACUUAUGUUGUAGAGUUACAUAAAAAUGUCUACGGAUUGGGUAUAACUGUGGCCGGUUACGUCUGUGAAGAGGAAGAUCUUUCAGGCAUAUUUGUAAAAAGCAUAAUCGAGGGUAGUGCCGCCGAAGUGAGUGGGCGCAUACAGAUCAACGAUCGCAUUGUUGCGGUAGAUGGACGUUCUUUAGCAGGUGUUACUAACCACCAAGCAGUUGAGAUACUGCGCAAUACCGACAUCGAAGUUCACCUGACCUUGGAACGCUUUUUACGCGGACGCAAGUUUGAACAUUUACAGAAUGCACUCACGGAAUUGAAAGGAGAUAUCCAAUCACAAACUUCACUGCCCGCAUCACCUUCGAUCGCUACACUUUCCUGGCUGCCACCGCGGUCCGAUGCCGAUUCUGUGGCCACUGAGGGUGGUAUUGUUAUGUUGGAAUUCGCAGAUUUUCCAUCACGGGAGACGGUGGACUCUAACAUGUCACACAUGCUAGAUCGCAGCGACUACAGCGGCAUUAGUAAUUCGAAACGACAAAAGACUCCAACAACGCCAGACGCCAAGCACAUGGCCAAUGGAAAAGCGACGCAUAUCAACGGAAGCGAUAAUGGUGACAGUGAUGAACACGACUCUGCAACGCUGGAGGAUCAGUCGGAGGAGAAAGAACUGCAAACACCUAAAAUGACGCACCAAAUCAUGAAACAAUUAAAUGGCAGCCGAAAGAAAUCUGACAUUACAGUUUUGGCGACAGUAUCGAUUGCGCCCACACAGCUAACGAUAUCUACAACGGCGGUGGCGGUGACAACAACAAUGGCAGUACCUGUGGUAACAUCGGCAUCAAGGGCAACGGUAACGGCAACGGUGGCAACGAAAACUCCCAAAGCCGCCACAUCAACUCAGGCCCCGUCCAAUGUGGAGACGCUGAAGCUGACCUGGAAAAGUGAGUUUCCUGAAAGUGAAAUUAUUGUAGCCGAAAUAAAUAAACUUUCAGGUCUAGGAAUCAGCCUUGAGGGCACCGUGGAUGUUGAACGAGGCAUAGAAAAGCGUCCACAUCACUACAUACGCUCCAUACUGGAAGAUGGGCCUGUGGGGCGACAAGGGAUACUCAAGCCGGGUGACGAACUGCUGCAAGUGAACGAAUACAAAUUGCAAGGACUCAAGCAUACGGAAGUCGUUAAGAUACUCAAAGAGCUGCCAACGCAUGUAAAACUAGUUUGUGCGCGUGGUCCCACCGCACCGUCCGUGAUAAACACCUCACAAAAUCCAGAGGCAUUCGAAACCCGCUCACUGCUACCCGGUGGUCAUCAGAGUCUACAAAAUCUACUGACGAAGGCGCAAUCAGAAAGUUCCCUCUACACAUCGAGCACUGCCACGCUGACCGAUCAGCAACGUUCCAAAUCGUUGGAAAAUGUUUCUGGGCUAGCACUUUGGAGCAGCGAAGUCACUACCAUCGAAAUUGAGAAAGCCGAACUAGGCUUCGGUUUCUCCGUACUUGAUUAUCAAGAUCCGCUGGACGCCGAAGGCACUGUUAUUGUAAUACGCGGUCUUAUACGUGGUGGAGCAGCAGAAGAGACCAAUGAGAUCUUCCCCGGCGAUCGGUUGGUCAGCGUCGGUGAACACACCUUACAUGGUCUCAACUUGGACCAGGCAGUGACGAUACUCAAAAGCAUGCCAGUGGGGAAAACAAAAUUGGGCAUUUGCAGACCUCUUUCAACGUCGGACAGCAAUAUAGCAUCGCCAGCUGAGGAGGGCGACUCACCGAGCACAUAGUUUUUAAGGAACUUUUACUAUUUCGUCGCAUUUUCGCGAAUUUAAGUCACAACGCUGCCAAAGCGCGGAUGAGUUCACCUCACUUCACGAUUAUACCAAUGCAAGCAUCCCCCUUUUGAAGUGGCUAAGUAGCCGAAUGCGAUGCAAAAUGGCGACUAGUAGCUGAAGGUUGAAGCGGAGGGCAGCGUAAUGCAGAGGGAUAUGAUUGGACAGAGCAACUAUGAGGCUGCUGACAAAGUGAAGUGCUGUAAAUAUUUUGUUAGCGCAAUAAAUUACUUAACAAAAUUAGUAUGUACUUAUAAGAUUUAGUGCUAGGUAAUUAGCUCUUAGCGAAUUUGAAAUAAUAAUCAUUCUAGCAACAAGUAAAUACGCAAAGGGUGGCCGUAAAAGUGCAUAUAACAAAACGGCAAAGUGGUACUAAUAAUUUCGUUGCAGAUCAAGAAAUGCUUUGCAUGCUAAUAUAAGCGAAUACACAGAUUUCAUCGUCACUGAAUUCAAAAUUAUUAUUUAGCUUUCAGUUCUUUGACUAUUUAUAGCAAACAAUAUUCGACACCUAUUUACUAUGUGACCCUAUUUAUUAAGUGAUUUACAAUUCUUUUGAAUUUUGUUAGAUAGCUAAAUGGUAAAAUGAAAUAAUAUGAAAUCGUAUGAAAUUAAAUAAAAAUAUAAUAU